AUGCCAGAGAAGGUAUCUCCUGCAGCUUGUGGAGAGGAUCAUGCUGAAGCAGAUAUCCACGCUGCAGCCCAUAGAGGACACCCUACUGGAGCAGGUGGAGGUGCCCUGAAGGAAGAUGCAGCUGGCAGAGAGCUCACGCUGAAGCAGGAUCCUGGCAGGAGCUGCAGCUCACAGGGGACCCAGACCUAUGGUCCAGGAAUUGAAUUAAUCUGUCAAAAACAAAAAGAGUUUGUGAAGAGCUCUGUAGAAUCCAAAUGGAAUCUAGCAGAAGCCCAGCAGAAACUUGGUAGUUUAGCACUGCAUAAUUCAGAAUCCAUGGAUCAGGAAUGUGCCAAAGCACAGACUGAAGCUUCAGAACUGAGACAGAGAGAGGAAGAGUGGAGAAGAAAAGAAGCAGCGUUAAUAGAGAGGGAAAGACAGAAUCUAUGGAAUACAGAUCCUUUUAGUAAGGAGGUAUUUAAUAAGAGUUUUAUUAGUCAAUAUAAAAGAAAAGAAGUAGAAGAUGAAGAUAUAUCUAAAUCAUUUACACAGAAGCAUGAACAAAAGAUUAGAUACUUUGGUAUGCUGAGCAGAUGGGAUGACAGUCAAAGAUUUUUGUCUGACCACCCGUAUCUUGUAUGUGAAGAAACAGCUAAAUUUCUCAUCUUAUGGUGUUUUCAUCUAGAAGCCGAACAGAAAAGAGCCCUGAUGGAACAAAUAGCACACCAAGCAGUUGUGAUGCAGUUUAUUAUAGAAAUGGCCAGAAGUUGUAAUGUGGAUCCAAGAGGCUGUUUUCGUCUAUUUUUCCAAAAAGCCAAA